AUGACAUCGCCAUUCCCAAAAUCGCUGAAAAACUACCUCUCAAAAAUCACAAGCCUUAGCAAACAAUCCCCCCUGAGACGGCGGAAAUCGCCGUCGAUAACCGCCGGCGACGGCGGAGACAAAAGCCUCUUCGAGGAUUUCGGAUCGCUCUACCGAGAGGAGUACGAAGAAGGAAGCUCGCUUCCGCUGGAUUCGCCGCGGCCACCGCCGGAUAAUCUCCUCGGAUCGGGGCGGUUUUUCGUGGAAACCGGCUCGUCGAGGAGCUCGCGGAUAACCGACGACUUGUUCUCCUCCUCCGCGGCCUCCCCUACGAACGAGGCCUCGUCGACGUCGGAGGAUUUCGCAGUGCUGCAUAUGGACGCGCCGGAUCCUUACGAUGCUUUCCGGCAGUCAAUGCUGGAGAUGGUGGAGGCAAGGAUCGAUCUUAAUCGGGGCGUGGAUUGGAAGUUUCUAGAAGAGCUGCUGUUUUGCUAUUUCGAUAUGAAUAAAAAGAAAUCUCGGAGGCAUAUUUUGCGUGCUUUCGUUGAUGUGGUCGUGUUUUUGAGACAGAUCUCCGGCGAAUCUCCGGAAAGUCCGCCGCCGGUGGACGAUGGAGAGUUGGAUGAGGAGAUUUAA